AUGGCAUCCAGAGCAGCAGCAAGCGCCCGACCCGGUGCGAGAUUCGCUCAGUUUAAACUGGUCUUACUUGGGGAGUCGGCUGUUGGAAAGAGUUCGCUAGUGCUACGAUUUGUCAAGGAUCAAUUCGAUGACUACCGCGAGUCGACGAUCGGCGCUGCCUUCCUAACUCAGACGAUUUCUCUGGACGAAAGUACAACGGUCAAAUUUGAAAUAUGGGAUACUGCUGGUCAGGAGAGAUACAAGUCCUUGGCUCCGAUGUACUACCGGAAUGCCAACUGUGCCGUCGUUGUCUACGACAUCACACAAGCGUCGUCAUUGGAUAAAGCCAAGUCAUGGGUGAAGGAACUACAGCGUCAAGCAAACGAAAAUAUUGUCAUUGCUCUCGCGGGUAACAAGCUCGAUUUGGUCACCGAUAGUCCCGACAAGAGAGCUAUCCCGACGGCGGAUGCCGAGGCAUAUGCCCGUGAAGCUGGAUUGCUCUUCUUUGAGACUUCGGCGAAGACCUCCGAGAAUGUGCGGGAACUAUUCACAGCGAUCGCAAAGAAACUUCCUCUUGAUCAAGCCGGACCUCGGAACCUACGGACAACCCCCCGUCCCGGUGUUGACUUGCGCCCGGAGGCCCCUGGUACCCAAGGCGCUGGCUCCUGCAAUUGCUAG